AUGCCUGACAGUUUGACAGGUCCUGUGCCAGCGAUUGGCUUUUAUAGGUUAAUUGUUAGGAAAUUGGUGAAUAAACACGUAUCUUAUCGCGAAUGGGUAUAAAUAUUAAUCCGCACCUAAAACGAUGAUAAUCCAGUAAAGUGGGUAAAGUGACGUAGUGGAGGUGUGUCCACCGUGCACUGUGUCAAGAUAACCUCAACCGCUCACUUCUAAAACCUAAGAAUUUGCCCCUCAUAGAACAUGGUAUCCGAUUCUGGAGACGGGGCCCCCUUGAUCGGUGUAAUAGACGCGGGGACAAAAACUGUGCAAUUCUGUGUUUUUCGUAGUCAACAUGCACAGGAGAUUGCUGGAGAUGCCAUAGACGUGACCCAGCAAACCCCUCAAGAGGGCUGGUUUGAAGAGGACCCCACUGAAAUCCUCCAAGCCGUCAAAACGUGCAUGAAAAAUGUCGUUAAUAAGUUAGACGAGAAAAAGUGUAAAGAGAUUGUAGCUAUUGGAAUUACCAAUCAACGGGAAACCACGGUGGUUUGGGAUAAAACCACUGGAGAACCACUUUAUAACGCUAUAGUUUGGAAUGAUAUUAGGACAGAUUCUACAGUAGACAUAAUUUUGGCGAAGGUACCUGAAAACAAUAAAAACUAUUUUAAGCCGCUAUGUGGUCUUCCAAUUUCUCCCUACUUUAGUGCUUUCAAAUUAAAAUGGUUGAUGCAUCAUGUGCCUGAAGUGAAGAAGGCGAUUAAAGCCAAGAAGUGUCUUUUUGGUACCGUGGACACCUGGAUAUUGUGGAAUUUAACAGGAGGUCCGAACGGCGGUCUUCACCUAACUGACGUCACAAAUGCCUCUAGGACUUUUUUAAUGAACAUAGAAACCUUCCAUUGGGACCCCAUAUUGUUGCACACGUUCAAGAUUCCUGAGGAAAUUUUGCCGGAAAUUCGGAGCAGCUCGGAGAUUUAUGGGAAGAUUUUCGGCGACGAUUUUCCCUUGAAAGGGGUGCCGAUUUCGGGGAUUUUAGGCAACCAACAGUCGGCUCUGAUUGGUCAAAACUGCUUUAAAGAAGGUCAAGCUAAGAACACGUACCGCAGCGGAUGCUUUCUCUUGUACAACACAGGAACCAAUAGGGUGCAAUCUAGUCACGGUUUAGUAACUACAGUGGCCUACAAAUUCGGCAAUUCGCCUCCAGUAUAUGCAUUGGAAGGUAGCGUUGCCGUCGCCGGUUCUGCCUUAUCCUGGCUCCGAGACAACAUGGGUUUCCUCAAAGACGUCCACCAGGACACCGAGUCCCUAGCCAAAGAAGUCUUCAACACUGGAGACGUUUACUUCGUACCUGCUUUCACCGGCUUGUACGCCCCCUACUGGCGUAAAGAUGCUAGAGGGAUCAUUUGUGGUCUCACUGCAUUCUCGACCAAACAGCACAUUAUUAGAGCCGCCCUUGAAGCCAUAUGUUUUCAAACUAGAGAUAUUUUAGAAGCUAUGAACAAAGAUUGCGGUAUACCGCUAACCAAGCUGAAUGUUGAUGGUAGACUUACUAGAAACGACUUGUUGAUGCAGCUGCAGGCUGACAUCAGUGGCAUUCCGGUUAUUAGGGCGCAGAGCCAGGAUAUAACAGCGUUGGGGGUGGCGAUGGCGGCGGGACGAGCUAGCGGGAUUGGGGUGUGGGAUUUGGAGUCGGAGGAGAGGGAUGUGGUUCCGAGCGACACGUUUCUGCCCACGACGACUGAAGACGAACGGGAUUCAAGAUACACGAAGUGGAAAAUGGCCGUCCAGAGGUCGCUCGGGUGGGCGGUACCUAAGAAGACGCUGAGUAUGACAGAGGAAAAAUACAGACUAUUGGCCAGCAUUCCUGGAAGUUUGUACCUCAUUGGCAGCUUCGGGCUUCUAGCUUUGUCGGAAUACCUAGCUGCCAGUGGUGCUAAAGCUUAACGAUCGAUACUCAUGACAAAGUCUGUAGAUUUUUGCCGACCUGAUAAUUUUGAUAUUUACAUCGUUUUACAAAUAGCGGUAAUGGACAAUGUACUUUUUUGUUGAUAUUGUAUGAUUUGUUACGUACUUAAUGAAGUUUAACUUCUUUGGGGUUACAAUAAAGUGGACGCUUUUUACUUGUG